AUGGAAAGCUCGCACUGUGAUAGCCGAAUUCUGGACACCUCUGGCGCAGAAGAUAACAAAGUCAAGCCGAGUGGACCUGCCCCAGGCGUGUGCGAGAAGGCCGAUGAGAAUCGUCGACCCCGGCGCUCCGAUUGGCCAGCCUCCCACGUCAACCACCGCAAUUUAUUCGGUGCGGUGGGGAGAAACACCCUCGGGCACACCGUGACAGCCAUCUUUGGGCUUGAAAUUUUGCAUUCAUUUGUGGAUAGACCUGUCAAUACUUCGUCCCUUCUACAAGUUUCACUCAUUUACACCUCCAGCUUUGAUUACAAAACCGCUUCGACCACGUCGGCCAAAGUACGCGCCGGGACGUCACAGACUGCCUUGACGGAAUGCCACCUACAGGUUGAAUGCUCGGCUCCACAGCCCUCACACAUGACAGCAAAUGAUAGCGAGCCCUUGGGAGUGGUCAGAAAGAUCCGUAUUCCAGUUCGGGCAGCAAGGGGUCCGCAGGGUCCCAGAGGCCUUCGUGGACCUGCUGGACCCCGAGGACCCCCAGGAUUCAGUCCCGAAAUUAAUGAAGAUAUUGUCACUAACGGUCGCGUAAAAAGACGUGUGACCAGUCAGCGUCUGCCUAGCUACACACCUCCUGAGCGUCAUUUCAUAGUUUGGAGGUUGGAGGAGCAGAAGGACUAUGAGGACAUCCACAUUUUGGAGCUACGAGUAGGCACUCAUGGCUUCAGUGAUCGUCUAGCAAGCCUUGACGAUUUUGCCGGCACUUGUUCCAUUGAAAUGGUGCGACCAAAUGCAAGUGGUGCCCAGUACUGCGAUUCCCUCGAAUCCAUGCUGCCCGAAUUGAUCUCCACCUCAGUGGGCAUCGUCAUUGACUGGGACGCCAUUGAGGGCACCACUGAAGAUGAAAUUUGGCGAGCGUUUCAAAACCGCUUAGUGGAUGAGACCAUCUUUCGGCCCGUGGUUGCAGCCUAUUCGGCACAAUUUCGCUCAGCGGAGGCUUUCUCAGCAUGGCAGAGGAAUUCGCAAGACAACACUAGACGGAGGGAUUCAGAGACAAAUGUUGGGUGCAAACCUAGCCCACUUGGCAGCCAAUUUCUGCUCCUCCUAAUCUAUGGCUGGCUUCGGAUGAAGAUAUUUUAA